CGCGUAGAUGCCUGCUCUAAAUGAAAAUCGACAGGAAAAAUGUUAGAUAUUAUUAUAAAAAUCUGGACUUUGGUUUUAAAUACGUCCUUUCACAUAUUGGAAAGAGCAGAAACUAUUAAGGAAGCAGAUGAUGUUCAUCACACCAACUUUAAAAGUCUUCCUUUAGAGGACAAAUGCAGAUGGAGUAGAGACCAACAAAGCUGAAGAUGGAGAGCUGAUGGAAGAGGAGGGAGAGAUGGAUGACAACUGGUUCCCAUUCGCUGUUGUUACAGUGAAAGCUGAAGAUGAGGAAAUACCUCAGUUAUCAGAGCUUCAUCCCAUUACAACUGAAGACCAUAUAGAGCCAGAUGCUGCAGCCAGGAGCUCAGCUGCACAGAUGCAUUCGAAACUGCAUUCAGAUGGGGACCAGCAGCUGUUGGCGAUUAACAGAGCGGCUCCCAGUUUGCUCCAAGUCUCCAGUUCUGACCAGUUGAACUCAGAGCUCAUCAGGAUAAAGAAAGAAGAGGAAGAGCUGUGGAUUGUAGAUGAGGAAAAACCUAAUUUAUCAGGGCUUCAUCGAAUUAAACCUGAAGACAAAAGAGAGACAGAAGCUCCACCCAUCAGCUCAGCUGAACAGAUGGAAACAGAACCUGGUAGUGAGGACAGUGAAGGACCAGAACCGAACGAUACUGAUUUGAAAUUACUCACAAUAACUCAGACAGAAGGAGAACAUAGCUCCCAUCUUUGUGAUGGAUUUAAUGAGAAGGGUUCUCUUCAGACACAAGAGACAGUUCAAACUCAAAAAAGAAUAUACGCCUGUGACAUUUGUGGAAAGAGAUUUCAAAGACGUGAAACUCUUAAGAACCACAUGAGGAUCCACCCCACAGAAAGACAGUUUAUCUGUAGCGUUUGCAGUAAAGCCUUUUCAAGACAGGAUCAUCUGAAGAGUCAUAUGCGAGUUCACACGGGGGAGAAACCAUUCCUUUGCACUGUUUGCAGCAAAGGAUUUUCCCAACAAAUUCACCUCAAGAGUCACAUGCGAGUUCAUACAGGAGAAAAACCGUUUGUUUGUAGUUUUUGUGGGAAAGGGUUUUCCCGGCAGGAUCUUUUAAAGAGUCACAUACGCGUUCACACUGGGGAGAAACCGUUUGUCUGCAAUGUUUGCAGCAAAGGAUUCUCCCAACAAAACCACCUGAAAAACCACAUGGGUUUUCACACCGCGACAUUUAGCUGUAACGACUGCGACAAACGCUUCGUAAAGGAGGACCAGUUGAAGCGACACGUGAGGCUUCAUACAGAGGGGAGGCCGUUCGGUUGCAAUGUUUGUAAAAGUAGGUUUUACAAAAGGUACCAUCUAGAAAAUCACAUGAGGAUCCAUUCAGGAGAGAAACCGUUUGUUUGUACUGUUUGCAGUAAAGCGUUUUCUCGAGAUGGGGAUCUUAAACGGCACAUGAUUGCUCACGAGGGCGGGAACUAAGAAAUGUCUGGGGUUUUAAGAUUAGUCUCUAAUUGAACCCAUUUAGCUUCCUCAUAGGUUGAUACCUCUGGGCCUGAGGCGGUUUUCACUAUCAAAGUAUGUCAACGUUUUUGAAAAUUGUUCUUUUAAGAUAUAACUUUAGAGACUUUUUACUGAAUGCCUCAGAAAAUGAAGGUAGAGGAGUUAAUUCCUGGAUAUAGGAUUUUUGCUGCUCUCUUCCUCAAAUAUUAAGAAACAUCAAUAUUGUGAGUAAUAUUGUGAGCUUUUUGAACCCUCAGUGUUUCUCUGUGAAGAUCGAAACAAAGCAGGGGAUCCUAUUCUGCAAAAUAUCUGAGUUAAUUUAAAAACGAAAUAAAAUAAAAAAAAUUUCCAGCAGUAACACUUGACAGUUUUAUAACUGCAUCCAUUUUUCAUACAAUCUUUUCAAACAA